GAGUGGUAGGCCUCUAGAACUGAUGGAUCCUGGGCUACGAGAUAUUUCCUCUCCCUAUGAACUGGUGAGAUACAUCAACAUUGGCCUUCUUUGUGUUCAAGAUCGUGCAAGUGACAGGCCGACCAUGUCCAGUGUUGUCUCAAUGCUGAGUAAUGAACUCAACAUUUUACCGUCCCCAAAAGAACCAGCAUUCUCAAAUGUGAGAGGCGUGGGAAAUCCAAACACAUGUCUUGGCAGCAGGGCAGAGAAUUGCUCCGUAAAUGAGAUAACAAUGUCAGAUAUGGAAGCGCGCUAAAACUUCAAACUUUGAACUUGUAUUGUAAUAUUUUACGUACCACAAUAAAUAUGCAACACAAGGAAAUGAGACACUCGAACCUGAAAUAUGUAUUAGGGACUGUAACUUACAGAAAAAUGUAUCCAUUUUGUUUCGUUUGUAACAGUAUAUGAUGGUGGCUUCUCCCUUAGAAUCAAGUCUGGCUUAAACU